UAUACAAGAAAGAAGAGAGAGUGUGGAACAUUACAGAAUAGUAUGGGAGCGAUAACAUUGAGUUGUUUCGUUAACUCCAUUGGAGGGGAAGCCCCAAAUUCAAGUAAUGCCCUUCCUUCAAAACCUAAGCUGUCUCCUCUCCUUUCCUUUUCAAAGCCAUCUUGGGUCGUCAGAACUGAGUCGAAUGUUCGCAAAGAAAGAAGAAAGCAGCCAGAUCCUCCUUGUGUUGUAUGUAAAGGAAAUGGCAGAGUUGAGUGCUACCAUUGCCAUGGCAGAGGGAGGACUAACUUUUUGGACCUAGAAAUGCUUCCAAGAGGAGAAUGGCCAAAAUGGUGCAAGAGUUGUGGUGGAAGUGGGCUUGGAUACUGUUCUCGUUGCCUUGGGACGGGUGAAUACCGAUAUAUAAUGGGCUUUCAUUUCAUGAAACGGGAUGAUGAACCUGAAGUUUGAACCAAACUGCUCCUGGAAGAGCUUCAAACUGUGGGAUGAUGUACCAGGAAGAGCAAGCUUCAAGUUCUACAUAAUGUAACUACUAAAAAGAGAUUGACAUAGUGAAAUGACAUUUGAUGUAAGUUAACCUGCUGCUAAAGCUCGACUGUUAGGCUGAUAGCUUCUAGAAUGCUAUAUUCUUGGAGCAUUAUCUCAGGUGCAUCUUUUGGCUUUUGGAAACAGUCCAGCUAGAAAUAUUCCUUCUAUGUGGGAAUUUAUGUUAGGACUUAUGAAAUACUGCCUCCUUUUUCCGGUUACUACUAUCCGCGAAUGCUUGUUCUCGCGACUAAAUAAAGACAAGAUGUGCUCUAAAAACAUGCUAAUGGCCUCCCAGGAUAUUUAUAAGAGUUUCCCUAAUAAUCAUUUUUUAUCAUUA